UUGGGAAAGAUGGGAUGGAAAUUGCCCUCUGCCAUCUGCCAGAACCAGCUCUGCUUUCCAUGGUCUGUUAGCAAAGUGGAACCAAGUCAGUGGCAAAAAGGGGGGUGGGUGGGAGAGCAGAGCAGAGCCAGGUCCUGUCUUGGCUGGGCCUUGGAUUAGUGUUUGGACUCUUUGGCUUCCCUUGCUCCAAAGCCUUCUCCCACUCUCAGGGAGGUGCAGGCAAUGAGUCCUGACUCGCUCAGGGUUUGUCCUUCUCCCCCUGCCCCUGUGGGUCUCUUUCUUAAGGCUGGAUCAGAAAAGCCAGGGCUCCAUAGGAAAACAACUGCCCCUUUCUGCUGGAAUUGGAGGAGAUGGUACAGCUUGUCCUUUGCUUUCCCAUGGGAAAUUCCCACCCCUUUUGAUCCCAGUCAGGUCCUUUGCCUAUAAAGCACUAACCAAAGUCAGUCUGAUGAGGGAAAAUCGAUUUCAACCUUGGGCAUCCAAGUUUCUUCCCUCGACAUUCCAGAAAGGGCUGAAAUCAGCAAUGAACCCCUGUCAAAGUGAAUUCAUCCUGGCUGAUUGGUUGGUUGGUUUGUUUGGUUGUUUUAAGCUCCAUUGUUUGUCUUCCCUUUUGCCCUUUGCCUGUCCUUCCCCAUCUCCAGGUUGUGCUCCAGGGAGGAGGAUGCUCUGCGGUUCCCCCAUCCACUGCUCUCUGCCGGCUUUUGUCAUUUCCACUUUAGUUUUCCAAGUUCCUCAGGGGCACUCAGCUCCACUCACCGUCACUGGACCCCCCGGCCCCAUCACCGUGGCCAAGGGCGAGGACGUGGUGCUGCCCUGCAGCUUCUCCCCGAGGCAGAAUGCACAGGACACGGAGGUGACCUGGUUUCGGGAGCAGUUCUUGCCCUUUGUGCAUCGCUACAAGUUGGGCCAGGACCAGUUUGGGGAGCAGAUGGUUCAGUACCAAGGGCGCACUGAGCUGGGGAAGGACGGCCUUGCCAAGGGCAGCGCGGACUUGAGGAUCUUCCAUGUCCAACCAUCUGACACAGGGAGUUACACCUGCUUUGUUCGCCGUGGCUCAGAUUACGAUGAGGCUGUGGUGGAGCUCAAGGUGACAGAUCCCUUUCUACGAAGUAUCUAUCCUUGGAUGAUUGCUCUGGUCCUGGUCCUGGCUGCUGUGGUCGCACUAAUUAGUUUUGCAGUUUAUCAACUUAAAAUUAAAGAGAAACAAGCCCAGGAACUUGCAUGGAGAAGACAGGCAGUGCCUGUAGAAGCAGCGAACGUGGUUCUGGAUCCAGACACAGCCCACUGUGACCUUCUCCUGUCUGACAAUGGCAAAAGUGUGACACGAGCUUACACACCACAGCACAUCCACUACAGUGACAAGAGAUUUAACCCGUGGCGCUGUGUUCUGGGCCGUGAGGGCUUCACCUCGGGGAGACACUACUGGGAGGUGGAGGUGGAGGAUGCAGGAAGAUGGGCUGUGGGAAUAUUUAGAGACGGUGCGGAAAGGGAGGGUGAGAUUGAGUUUAAACCAGAGGAAGGCAUCUGGGCAGUGGGGAAACGGCCAGAACUGAAAGCUUUCACCUCCCCUAGUCCCACUGAAUUUCCUGAAAUCAAGACUCCCAGGCGGAUCCGGGUCUCUCUGGAUUAUGAAAUGGGACAGGUGGCAUUUUUCAGUGUUGAUGAGGGGAUUCCCAUCUUCACAUUUCCACAGGUAUCAUUUGGGGGGAUAAAAGUCUACCCUUGGUUCUGGCUGGGUCCUGGAACAUGUCUGAAAAUGUGUCCCUGAUGAAGAGGAGGCAGUAAGAGAAGGGUCUCCAAGGGUGGAGAUCUCGUUACCUCUCUGCACCUCUCUUCCAUGCUGCAUCUCUCCAAGAUCUUUCUCUGAGGUCAGACAUGCUGUUCUGGUCCCAGUGCAGAUGAGUGGGAGAGGCCAUGGCCAAGACCUUGUGUUAUGAGAGCACCUCACAUCAUUUCCAGGUGUGGGGAAAAGGGACUUUCUCUCCUGCUUCUGAGGGUGUUCCUUACACAUGGAGGGUGGAACCAUUGUUUCCUUGUCUCAGGCUGCAGUGGGUUGGUUUCUCGGAUAUUUUAGGCCUUCCUUAGCAACGGGGUCAGAAAUCUAAGGAAGUAUUCCAUAUCAUUCCUUUCCGUAACCCCACAGAUAAAAAGGCGUAGAUAAGAGGGUUCGCUUUCUUCUCUUCUGACAAGGUUUGGGAAUGGUCGGUCCCUGCCUCGGUCUUCCUUAUCUGGAGCUGAGGCCCACAGUGACUGCUGUUGUCUGCCCCGCGUGAGGGGACAGUGCUGGGCUGCGUCCAGCUGUCCUGCUUCUCUCAAGGGAAGUGGUGAGAUUUUAAUAGUUCUCUAUUUUGUCAGUUACUGGGUUUCUAGAUUGUGCAUACCUGUUUUGGUUUUGUCCCUCUUUGCCCCUUUUUCCCAUUUUCCCUUCACCUCUCCCCUUUCUUGGGAGUUGUACAUAAUAUUUUUCUGUAUAUAACUGUACAUAUGUAAAAAUAAACAUCUAUUUUGAUAUAA